AUGCCUGCUUUCAUUGACAAAAUUGCUGGGGCAUUGCACCUUAAGAAACACCAUGUUGAAGAGGGUGUUACUACUGCGAAGGCCCCAGAGGAUGACGCUGGCUCCAGUGCUCCAACGGCAUCAGCAGCGCACAGCACUCCCAAUGCGGAUAACGCUCUGGAUGUUCCUGCUACUAGUGCUAGUACCACUAAGACUCCGGUUUUUGAUGAUAGCAAAGUUUCUGUCAUCUUCGUUCUUGGUGGACCCGGAGCCGGUAAGGGCACACAAUGCGCCAAUCUCGUCGCGGAUUUUGGCUUCCGCCAUUUGUCAGCGGGAGAUCUUCUGCGUGCAGAACAGAACCGUGAAGGCUCCGAACACGGUGAGAUGAUCCGCACAUACAUCAGGGAAGGCCAGGUUGUUCCCAUGGAAGUUACGAUCAAGUUACUGGAGAACGCAAUGCGUGCUGUGCUGGAGGAGAAGCGCGAAGGCAGCGGCUGGGAAGGUGGCAAGGGCCGCUUCCUCAUCGAUGGUUUCCCCAGGAAGAUGGACCAGGCUGUCAAGUUUGACGAAGAUGUUUGCCUUUCUUCGCUUGUGCUGUACUUUGAUACCACGGAAGAGGAAAUGACGAAACGUCUUCUGGAGAGAGGCAAGACCAGCGGUAGAGAAGACGACAACGAAGAAAGUAUCAAGAAACGUUUCAAGACGUACAAGGAGCAAACGAUGCCUGUCAUCGAGUACUACAGCAAGCAGAACAAGGUCUCAACUAUUGAUUCCACAACGACUAUCGAGGGGGUUCACGAGAAGGCCAAAGCGACUAUUGAGCAGCUUUUCGCAGGACAAUUCACGCAGAACGUCACUGUCUGA